ACCCUCAGUCAGUUUAAAAGUGUCGCCGGUCGUGAUCUGUUCUCCUAAAAAUUGCUACCAAAAAGUUCAACGAUUAAGCAUUAAAGUGUAAACUUAUUUGAAUCUUCCAACACGUAUAAUAUAAUAUUAUCAAAACUUUAUUUGAACUUAAAGAUUUUGCAGCCUUGUAAUUAGCCUUUUCUUUGUUUAUUUGUAAUUUUGACAAAAUUCAAUGUAGAAAAAUUGUCUAUGUGCUUAGAUAGCGAAGACAGUUUAUUGUGUACUGGACCACAUUUUUUUUAAUUAUUGUAACAAGAAAGUUAUUUGAAGAAAUAUUAUUUUUGAGCGUAAGUGGAUAAUUGUGGUAAAUUAUCCCACUUAAUUAUCCCAGAGGAAGAGAAAAAAGGGAAAGAGGACGGGUAUUUAAAUACUAAGUGGGGACAUUACAAUAAAGAACGUCGGAGAAGUCAUAAACAGAGACAAUUUAACGAACAUUGCAGCUCAUUGUCAGUAUAUAGAAACUGGCACUAAGUUAAUUGCCAGCAACACGAAAUUAUAGUCAUGAACAAUAUGGGACCUGUAAUAAGGAUGUCAUCCUCUGGUACGCACGGCGCGGGCGGUGUUGGUUGCUGUUGUUUCAGAUGCUGCACGUGCAUACACGUCAAUUUCUUUAAAUCAUUGCCAGGAAUCGUGAAAAUUUGCGAAACAGUUAUCAGUGGAUUAAUUCAGAGUUUGCUUAUUAAUUAUGGUUUGAGGUAUAGUUCAUCUAUUGGCUCGGCUUUUGAAGGAUCAUUGACCACGGCAUCCGCCUGCUUCCUGACUUCCGCUCUGUUACUUGCUUGCUAUACAAUAUCGGAAAAAUCCUACAAGUUGAUUCGUUCGUCACUCUUUGAGAUGAUGUUCAAUGCUUUAGCCUGCUUCCUGUAUUUAAGUUCAGCAUCUUACUUGGCUUUUGCCACUAAAUUAUUUUUAAUGACCGAGUAUUACCUGAGACCCGGCUUUGACGUUUAUCCUGCCAUGACAGCCGCUUAUAUUUUAAGCGGCGUUGUGGGAGUAUUGCACGGUACAGAUGCUUAUUUAUCUUUUGUUCACUACAAAACCGGAAGGUGAAUGGUGAUAAUUAUGAAAAUCUUGGGAAUACCAGCUAUAUAAUUCUGCGACAAGACGUGGCAAUUAUAUGUAUGCCUACAUAUUACGACGUUAAACGAUUAUUCUGGAGCACGGAUUUUCGCGAAAUAGAAUUAAGUGUUAGAUGUGAGGCAUUAAUUUACCGAUUAAUGCCACUAUAAUAAUAUUGCGUAGUAUUAUUGAAAUAUUAACAUAUUAUAAAAUUAGUUGUAAUGUAAAUUAAAUAUUAAUUAUAAUAUAAGUUAUUCUAGAAAUAGUUACUAAUUAAUAGUGUUGUUAGAAUUAAUUAAAUGGUAUUAUUACAUUGCC